GAUAUGGUUUUUAUCACUGCCCCUUGUGGAAGUUUUAUGAAGUGCUGCUCAAGUUUUAUUUUCCACAUUUUCAUUUUGGUUUCAGUUGAGCACAGACCCGUCUGCGGUGAGGAUGGCUUCAUGCUUUUCUCCUUUCAUUCAAGCCUUGGAGUAAAUUUGUCUCUUUACAGAAACAACCAACCGUAGAAUUACAUCUCUUUUCAGAGCUCAGGCUUCCUGGAUUUCCAAACCAUCUCCUUAGACUUGUUCAGGUUCUCCAUCAUGAGGAGGGAAUACGGACUGAAUCUGUAAAUCCACUAAAAGAUCCAUCAACAGCUUGGACCUGAAGCAGCAGCUACUUCAUCAGUGUAUAAAUCCAGAGUUCAGGCCAUGAAACGUUGAGCACAGACCCGUCUGCGGUGAGGAUGGCUUCAUGCUUUUCUCCUUUCAUUCAAGCCUUGGAGUAAAUUUGUCUCUUUACAGAAACAACCAACCGUAGAAUUACAUCUCUUUUCAGAGCUCAGGCUUCCUGGAUUUCCAAACCAUCUCCUUAGACUUGUUCAGGUUCUCCAUCAUGAGGCAGGAAUACGGACUGAAUCUGUAAAUCCACUAAAAGAUCCAUCAACAGCUUGGACCUGAAGCAGCAGCUACUUCAUCAGUGUAUAAAUCCAGAGUUCAGGCCAUGAAACGCGCACCAGCCCAGCGUUCACCGCCAAGUAGACUACGAACUGUGGUGGAAACAAUUUUACCAACAGUCUUGAUGAGAAGAUCACACUCCAGUUUAAGAAAUCAAAGUUCUGAGAAUUCAAACAUCCAGAAGAUCAUCACAAGAAGUGAAGUAAUCAAGGAGGGAUCUCCCACUCUCUACAAGCUGAUUACUGACAAAGAUACCAUUGGACCUCUAAGAACAGUGACAUUUGGUAAGAAAGAUGUGCAGAAAACAAAUAAAACCAUUUUACUUGUUGGUGAAACAGGAACAGGAAAAUCAACUCUGAUCAACGCUCUGGCCAACUUCACCAUGGGAGUGAAGUGGGAGGAUGAAUCCUGGUUUCAGAUAAUAGAGGAGGAGAUGAAAAGUCAGACAGAAAGUCAGACACCUGAUGUGAUCGUCUACAAGAUCUUUGGGUUUGGAGGUAAAACUCUGCCCUACUCUCUGACAAUCAUCGAUACUCCUGGAUAUGGAGACACCAAAAAUAUUGAACAAGAUGCCAUCGUGAGUCAAAAGUUAUUUGACUUGUUUCGAUCAAACAAUGGAGUUCAUGAAGUAGAUGCAGUUGGUCUGGUAAUCAAGGCGAGUGACAAUCGACUGAGCAACCGCCUCAUAUACAUAUUCAACUCAGUCAUGUCUUUGUUUGGAAGUGACAUGGAGAGAAACAUCGUGGUUCUCAUCACACACUCAGAUGGAGUAUCACCAGAAAAUGCUCUCCAGGCUCUCAAAGUUGCAAAAAUCAAAUGUGCCAGAAAAGGAAACAAUGAGCCUGUUCACUUCCUGUUUAAUAACUGUCAACAUAAUACCAGAACAGAGAAAGAUAAGAAUUUACUUAAAAAUACAUAUAAAAUAUCAGACAAAGGAAUGCGUGAGUUCACAUCCUUUCUGGAAAACACUGCUCCUCAAAAACUGAAGCAAACUUUGGAAGUUCUGAAUGAUCGUAUCCGACUGACAGCCUGCAUCCAGAACCUGCAGGACAGAAUCCAGCUAGCUGAGAUUAAACAGACAAAAAUCAAACAGACUCAAGGAGCACUGAAGAAAAAUGAGCAGGAGAUGAAGAUGAACCAGAACUUCACUGUAGAAGUUGAUGAGGUCUACACAGAGAAACAAGCCAUUGAUGGUGGGACGGGGAUGUUGUUAUUUUAUAAUGCAGCAGUCACUUGUCCACACUGUGAGGAGAACUGUCACUUUCCUGGAUGCACAAUAGCCUGGACACCAGAACACUGUGAGGUCAUGAAAAAUGGCCGCUGCACUGUUUGUACUGGGAAGUGUCUUGCCUCAGCUCAUGUGAAGGAAAAGUGGAGAUAUGUGAACAAGACAAAGAAGGUUAUAAAGACUGAGAAGGAGAUGAAAGAGAAAUAUGAAAGCAAGAAAGCAGCUUGUGAAAAACAGGCCAGCCUUUUGGAAAGUCUUCAAAAAGAGAAAGAAAACCUUGAAGCUGACAAAGUAAAGUGGCUGAAUGAAGCCUACCGGCAUAUUGAGAAUCUGAAUAAAAUUUCCCUGAAUGUUAAUUCACUGUCCACAUAUGUCCCCUUGGACUUCCUGAUUGAGAUGAUGAAGGAAACUGGAGAUAAAGUGAAGGCCCUGAAACUGGAGGAGAUGUCCCAUCAAGCAGGUGAUGAUCGUGGGCUGAAGUACGCCUUAAACUCAAUGUGGAACAAAGUCAGAGGAAAUAAGCAGGAUAAGACAGAUACUGCUGUCUAAAUAGACCAUUUAUUAUGAGUGAUGAGGACAAAUAUGAAGACAGAAGGUAAAAAUCAAGUGUUAAUAUCAGAUUAGUUCAAGUACUCUGACUGCUUAAUUAGUCUGGAAGUUCAGUAAUCAGGUCCUAGUUACUUUUUCAGUUAAACCAUCAGUUAAUUAAAUUGUCUUUUUGAACUUUUAUUAAGAGAGAAACAAAGAAAUAAAUAAAGAACACAGAUGGCAAAGAUGAACAGAAAUUUUUACUGAAGAGUUGAAAAAGGACAAGCAGACAAAGCUCAACUUUAUAAGAUAAUAGAAUAUAAGCAUUACACCAGCCCCAUCAACUACAGCUUGAAUAAAAUUAAAGUUAAAUUUAAAAAAGUAGUUCCAGGGUGAUGUUCAGCACAGUGUAAAAAGUAGUUCCAGGGUGGUGUAAAAAGUAGUUCCAGGGUGGUGUUCAGCACGGUGUAAAAAGUAGUUCCAGGGUGAUGUUCAGCAUUAUGUAAAAAGUAGUCCAGGGUUAUGUUCAACAUUAUGUAAAAAGUAGUUCCAGGGUGAUGUACAGCAUUAUGUAAAAAGUAGAUCCAGGGUGGUGUUCAGCACGGUGUAAAAAGUAGUUCCAGGGUGAUGUUCAGCACGGUGUAAAAAGUAGUUCCAGGGUGAUGUUCAGCACGGUGUAAAAAGUAGUUUCAGGGUGAUGU